CGGAUACUCCUGAUUACCCGCGACCGAGUGCUGUGCUUCCCUCGAUUAAUUUCCACCGCCACCCUUCGCAGCCAGUGUCACUGUCCACUGAAGGCCACCCUACAAUCCCCAUCAAGUAAUAUGUCCAGCAAUACCGGUCGACUUCCAAUUCUCGCCCUCGCUAUAAUCGGGAAGAAAGGCCAGCCGUUAUACGUACGAAACUUCGCUUCACCGUCUGGUGGCGAAGCUGAUCUCAAGUGGCACUAUGCGGCUCAUGUGAGCUUGGACGUAUUCGACGAACGAGAUGCACUCCCCACAACGUUGGUGGACUGUUAUUUUGGCUUAUUGUAUGCGAUGGAAGAUUACGCAUGCUAUGGUUAUCAAUCAAAUACCAGAAUCAGAUUCGUUUUGUGUUUACCGAUGAAAGACACCUUGAUCAAAGAUACUGAAGUCAAACUGCUCUUCAAAUCUUUACAUGCCGCGUACAUCCAACAUAUCUGUAAUCCAUUUCAUCAAAUCCCAAUCGACAACCCUAAUCCCAAUGCGAUCACUCCCACGAUCAAGAGCAAAACCUUCGAUCAACAAAUCAAUCGGAUCGUUGGUCUUUAAUCAAGAGUCUCUCGGCCCCAUCUACUUUCAAAGCGCGUUUUUUUAGACAAGUUACUUCGUCGGACUACCCCAAAAAAAUGAAAAUCAGACGGGUCGAUUUUUCAAAACAAAAAAAGUCAUUCAUGUAUUGAUCAUCUUUCAAGAACAAUGGCCGCUUCGAAACC